AUUCCCAAACGGAAACGAAGAAGCCUCUGUGUGGCGCUGCUGCGCUCUGAUUGGCUGACAGGCCUGCGGCUCCUGCGGGUAAACAAGAGCUGCUCCGCUAAACGCACAAAAAAGCAACACACCGUGUUUUAUGAGGAGGAAAUAAUUGAAAGCACAUCUGUGCGGCUUUACGCGCUCCUCUUCUCCUUUCCGGCCUCCAGUGGCACCGGCUCCCGGGGCUGCCAUGAGCGGGUUCGCGGUCUGACUGCAGGACGAUGGCUGCGGAGCUGUUUCCCACCAAGAAGCUGGUCCCGGCCGCCUCCGUGCAGCAGUACCAGCAGCAGAACCUCAACAACAACAACACCAGCAUCACCAGCUGUAACUGGCAGGGCCUGUACCCCACCAUCAGAGAGAGGAAUUCAGUCAUGUUCAACAAUGAGAUGAUGGCAGAUGUUCACUUUGUCGUGGGACCACCGGGGGGGACGCAGCGGGUGCCCGGACACAAGUACGUCCUGGCUGUCGGCAGCUCCGUCUUCCACGCCAUGUUCUACGGCGAGCUGGCCGAGGAUCAGGACGAGAUCCGCAUCCCCGACGUAGAACCACCGUCCUUCCUCGCCAUGUUGAAGUACAUCUACUGCGAUGAGAUCGACCUUUGCGCCGACACGGUGCUCGCCACCCUCUAUGCUGCCAAGAAGUACAUCGUACCUCAUCUGGCACGAGCCUGCGUCAACUUCCUGGAGACCAGCCUGAGUGCAAAGAACGCCUGCGUGCUGCUGUCGCAGAGCUGCUUGUUCGAGGAACCCGACCUGACGCAGCGCUGCUGGGAGGUGAUUGACGCGCAGGCCGAGCUCGCGCUGCGCUCUGAGGGUUUUUGCGACAUCGACGUUCAGACGCUGGAGAGCAUUCUGCGGCGGGAAACGCUCAACGCCAAAGAGAUGGUGGUGUUCGAGGCAGCGCUGAACUGGGCCGAGGCCGAGUGUCAGAGGCAGGAUUUGCCGCCAACCAUCGAGAACAAGCGCCUGGUGCUGGGUAAGGCCAUCUACCUGAUCCGCAUCCCCGCCAUGGCGCUGGAGGACUUUGCCAACGGGGCGGCGCAGUCUGGCGUGCUCACGCUCAACGAGACCAAUGACAUCUUCCUGUGGUACACCGCGGCCAACAAGCCCGAUCUGCUGUUCUGCACCAAACCGCGUAAAGGCCUGUCGCCGCAACGCUGCCACCGCUUCCAGUCUUGCGCUUACAGGAGCAACCAGUGGCGGUACCGAGGUCGCUGCGACAGCAUCCAGUUCGCGGUCGACAAGCGCGUCUUCAUCGCUGGCUUCGGCCUGUACGGCUCCAGCUGCGGCUCGGCCGAAUAUAACGCCAAGAUUGAGCUGAAGCGCCAGGGCGUACCGAUGGCCCAGCGCAUCAUCAAGUACUUCUCCGACGGCUCGAGCAGCACCUUCCCCGUGUCGUUCGAGUACCCGGUGCAGAUCGAGCCGGACACUUUCUACACCGCCAGCGUGGUGCUGGACGGCAACGAGCUGAGCUACUUCGGCCAGGAGGGCAUGACCGAGGUGCAGUGUGGGAAAGUGACCUUCCAGUUCCAGUGCUCUUCCGACAGCACCAACGGCACUGGCGUGCAGGGAGGCCAGAUCCCCGAGCUCAUCUUCUACGCCUGACGGGCGGAACGGAGGGCGCCGCAGAGAUUCCUGCUUCACUGCCAUGUUGACUUUAAAGCUGUGGAGUUCUCAGGAAGUUGCCGAAGGAAAGACGGACUCGCUGAGCCUCAAAGACGGAACGACGACGACUCGAUGGAAACAUGAAGAAACAAGAAGACGUCCCUCCAACGCUGCCUGUGUUCAUCGUCUCCGUUACGUAGGAGUUGGAAGAAAAGACGAUGGCUUCAGGUUGGUCGGGACUACUUUCAGUGGCAGAUUAAUCCACAGCUGUCAGCAGACAUCACACUACAAACACCUGUGCAAUCCUGUCUGAAAGCCCCGUUUAAAGGUCUUAUGUUAGUCUGUUCAGUCCACAGAACCACAGAGGACUUCCACAAGCUGUCGAUCAUAUCUAUUGAUUAAACACUAAAACUACAAUCAAUCAGAUAUUCAGGUCACCAGAUAAAAGCAAGUACAGACGAGUGUGUUUGCUUUUAAAAGCGACUGAGAUGAUCGAACACAUCUUUUAUUACUCACGGUGGACGUUAACCAGAUAAUUAAAGAGACACAAGCAGUGAUUUGACUUUGUGUGGCUGCAGUCUGAAUGUGAACAUCAGCUCUGAAGCAGGAGGACAAUGUGUUCCCUGUAGUCUGAUUCAGCUGUUUGUGGGAGUUUUUCCUCUGAGCUCUGUCACGGCUGUCAGGAUAUUUCGCUCUCUGAUCUGGUUCCUGAGCGUUUGAUAUAAACAUUCACCAGCUCAGCUCCGCGCGACUUUAAAAUCCUGAAAUUCUGCUCCAGAUGUUUUCACCUGAACUGUUUCUCUGUUCCACCCUCAUGUUCUUGGGAAGCUUUAUUACGGUUCAGGUCUCACUGCGCCCUCUUGUGGUGCCGACUGGUAUUACACGACAGCCCUGUUUGAGCUUCAGCACAGCUGUGUUGGCCUCAGUCACAGCAUCUGUUCGUUUCUGCUGAACGCUUUGUUCGUUUUAGGUUUUAAACUUUGUUUUUAAACACAGGAAUUUCCAAUAAUACCUUUUGGUGCAAACGUGCCAUAAAUAAAUAAAUAAACAAAUGCAACUGUUUUAUUUUGGUCGGUCAGACAGUUUCUUCUCCUGGAGCAGAGCUUUAAGAUUUUUCAGGAACUUGGGGACUUCUUCCAAACAUAAACUGGGAGGACUGGGCGAGCAGCGUCUCUGAAGGUUUUCAGUUUGUUGCCUUAAAGAAAACAUUUGAAUUUAAUAAAAUUUGUAAAAGUGAGAUUCUUAAACAUUCCUGCUGUUGAUGAAGGAAUCAAAGUUUUAUUUUAGUUUGUGUUCGUGGACGGUUCAUCACAUUCCUGAUUUUCUGUUUCUGAUUUGUUUGAAGCAAUUAAAAGGACGUUUCACUGAAAUGUUCCUGUGAUUUUAACUCUAUUUAAGUUGUUUGUAGUUUAAAAUCCUCGGGCUCUUACUUUGAAAAUCACAUGUGUACCUAUGUUAUCCUAGGUUUUUGUUGAAGGUGUGUAAAUGGAUUUCUGUGACAGACACUACUCGUCUUCCUCUUUUUCUUUGGGUAAUCUGAAAAAUUAAUUUUUU